UGCUCUCAUUGGUCAGAAACCCAACUGACAGAAGAGUGGGACGUUCCCGGAAAAAACUCGCUAACCGGAAGGGAAGGCCAGAGCCUCAGCAGAAGAAGAAAAAGAAGAAGAAGAAGAACACAGACACCGAUGAGACCAGCGAAAGAAGAAAAAGUACUCUCCCACUGGUGAGGUCUCCUCUUCCUCUGGCUCAUCUACCUGCCUGAAGCGUCUAGCUCAGCCUCACCAGCCCCUGCACCAAGCCUAAAGCCAACCACACUUCCUCCCUCUUCUCCCGGCUUCUACUUCUCCCUCCCGAUUUUCAACACUAUGGCAGGGCGAGGCGGACCAGCACGGACCAACGGCACUGCAGCAAACAACAAGAUCUGCCAGUUUAAGCUAGUGCUGUUGGGGGAAUCGGCGGUGGGGAAGUCCAGCUUGGUGCUGCGCUUUGUCAAAGGCCAGUUCCACGAGUACCAGGAGAGCACCAUCGGAGCUGCCUUCCUCACACAGACGGUAUGUUUGGAUGAUACAACGGUCAAGUUUGAGAUCUGGGACACUGCAGGACAGGAACGGUAUCACAGCUUGGCACCCAUGUACUACAGGGGAGCCCAGGCCGCCAUCGUGGUCUACGAUAUCACCAACACAGAUACAUUCACACGUGCAAAGAACUGGGUGAAGGAGCUCCAGCGACAAGCCAGCCCGAAUAUUGUUAUUGCACUGGCAGGAAACAAAGCAGAUCUGGCCAACAAGAGAGCCAUAGAUUUCCAGGAAGCACAAGCGUAUGCAGAUGACAACAGUUUGCUCUUCAUGGAGACUUCAGCCAAGACUGCUAUGAAUGUCAAUGAGAUUUUUAUGGCUAUAGCCAAGAAGCUUCCCAAGAACGAGUCUCAGGGCGGAGCGGGUGCUGGCGGACGAACCAGAGGCGGCGUGGACCUGCAGGAAGCUGCGCCGCAGGGCAGAAGUGGCCAGUGCUGUGGGGGCGGGAACUAACUAAAACACGAAAAACGCGUCAGCUGAUCUAACCGAUCCACAGCUUCGAUCAACCAGACCAGAUAUUAGCCAGCUGUCAAACAAUGUCCCAUUGGUCAAACCAAACCAAGGUCGGACCAACCACCCUAUGAGCACCAAUUAACUGUUUGGCAAACGAGUCCACUGGCCAGUAAACCGCCAGAUCCCUCUGACGGUUGAACCAACCAAGAAAUCAAUUUACAGAAUCGUGUUUUAACCCCAGGACUUGCCAAUCCAUGACCUCUCUAUUGAUGAUGGACACUUGACGUCACCUUAGGGGAAUAAAAAAACGUCCCAUUCAUGGAAGAAGGAAAAAAAAAAAAGAUCAGUCAUUACCAAUGGCACUUAAUAGGGCCAUCUUGCUCACCUUUUCUGUAUUUGUGUGGAGGGAAAAAAAAUGAAAGCAACAGGAAUGAAUAUAAACAGGCGUAUUGUCCUUUCUCUUCUGCCCUCUGCUUUUUCAUGCACCGUAAAUUAAAAAGUAUUUCCAUCAUGGUCUUAUGACACUGUUAAAACUCCAGGUGCAUGCAGCAGUCCUUCACUUUUCUGUCUUGUUCCUGGUCAGCUUCCUGGAAAAGAUGAAGAGAGAAGGUUUCGUAACAGGAGAACGGGAAUGGACCGGUAUUUCCUUCUUGAUAGAGCUGUGUAGAUUGAAUUAUUACAUUGUUAUUGUUAUCACUAUUAUUAUUAUUACUUCUUUUGACACAGGCUGUUCAGUAUGAUUUUAAAGCCUUCAUGGUUUUACAAUCACCCAUCUAUGUUAUCAAACCAUAUACAGUAAAUAGUACUUUAUUAACAUUGUCACCCAUAAGUAAUUUUAGCAUUAAUGUAAUGUUUUUGAAUCAUCAGUGUACAAUGACAAAUACAUGAAGCAAGAUUUGUUUUCUUGACCAAAAUCACAACUGUGUAUUGACAACUGUAUUUGUAUCAGCCUUUUCAAGUUUAUAAUCAAUCAGUAGUUAUUGUCAAAACAAUAUCUUCCCAAUCUCUACAUGAUGUUUUGUCAACCUUAAUUAUUUUGUGAUGGAUUAUUUUUUUUUAAUGUCUUAAUUUUUUUUUUUCUGAAGAUCUAUGGUAUUAAAUGCACUGGUUCUGUCUCAUCAUCUUUGUGAAUUGAGAUGUUAUCGUCAGCUUCCUUUCCCUUUUUCUUUUCUCUCUCUCUCUUUGUUUUUACUCUUCAUAUCAGGGAGGGAUUGCUUUCAAGUGUAAUGUCAUCCUGUUAUGGCAUCGACAACUAGCACAACAGUACCUGCACAGCAGCCACUGCUGUUAGGUUGGGGGGCGAUAAUGGGGAGGGUUCGGUCAUGGGUAGAUAAAGAAGAAAAGAAAUGUAAUUUUACCAAUAAACAAGGGGAAGGUA